AUGGCCGCCGGUACACUUCUCCUCCUGCUGGCGCUCUGCUCCCUGGCCCCGGCGGCGCUGUCCGUGCCGCCGCGGCCGCCGGUGCGCUGCGGCGGGUCGGGCGUCGGCUGCGUGCUCACCAACGCGUACGGCGCCUGGUCCAGCGACCGCGCGGACUGCCCCGUGGCGGCCGUGGCCUACCCGGCGUCGGAGCAAGAACUCGUGGCCGCCGUCGCGCGCGCCAGCGCCGGCGGCAUGCGGGUCAAGGCCGUCAGCGGCUUCGCGCACACCAUCCCCAAGCUGGCCUGCCCCGGCGGCGGGAUCGGCGCGAGCAACAACAGCACCCUGCUGAUAAGCACGGCGAGGUACGCCGGCGUGCAGGUGGACGCGGCAGCGCGGACGGUCACCGCGGACGCCGGCGCGCCGCUGCGGGCCGUGAUCGACGCGGCCGAGGCCGGCGGGCUGAGCCUGCCGGCGUCGCCGUACUGGGAGGGGGUCAGCGUCGCCGGGGUGAUUAGCACGGGCUCCCACGGCAGCUCGUGGUGGGGCCGGGGCGGCGCCGUCCACGACCACGUUGUGGGCCUCACCAUUGUCGUGCCCGCCGGGUUGAACCAGGGCUGGGCCAGGGUCGUGCCGCUCGCCAAAGGUGACGCGCUCUUCCCCGCCGCGCUCGUCUCGCUCGGCCUCCUCGGGGUCAUCUCCAAGGUGACACUGGCGCUAGAGCCGCGGUUCAAGAGAAGCAUCACCUACGAUUACAGAGACGACUCCACGUUCCAGGACGACUUCGCUGAUCACGCCGCGCGCCACGAGUUCGCCGACAUCGCCUGGUACCCAUCCCAGCACCAGGCGGUGUACAGGAUCGACGAUCGAGCGCCACUCAACGCCACGGGCGACGGCGUCAACGACUUCAUCGGCUUCCAGUCCACGCUCAUCGCCGUCUCCGCGGGAAUAAGAGCACUGGAAACCUCAUUAGAGAAGUCCAAGGACGUCAAGGGCAAGUGCACGAUGGCCAAGUCUGAGAUCGCGGCGAAGCGGCUCAUUGGCAACGGGCUGCGCGGCGGCGUGAUGUUCACGGGCUACCCCGUCGUGGGGUUCCAGGGGAAGAUGCAGACGUCGGGAUCCUGCGCACACUCGCCGGCGUACAACCUGCUCGCCGCGUGCGCGUGGGACCCCAGGUACAGGGGCCUCUUCUUCUACGAGAGCACGGCCAUCUUCUCCCCGGCGCGGUUCCGAUCCUUCGUCCUCGACGUGAAGCGGCUGCGGGACCUCGUCGGCGCGGAUAGCAUGUGCGGCGUGGACGUCUACAACGGUCUCCUGGUCCGGUUCGUGAAGCGGUCGGAGGCGUUGCUCGGCCAGCCCGAGGACUCCGUGGUGGUGGACUUCAACUACUACCGCGCGUCGGACCCGGCGGCGGCGCGGCUCGACCAGGACGUGUGGGAGGAGGUGGAGCAGAUGGCGUUCGUCAAGCACGGCGCGCGCCCGCACUGGGCCAAGAACAGGAUGGUGGCAUUCCGUGGCGUGCAGGGGAAGUACCCGGGAUGGGCAAGGUUCGCCGCGGCGAAGCGGCAGCUAGACCCACGAGGGUUGUUCGACAGCCCGUGGUCCGACGAGGUCGUGGGCAAUGGCCUUAGCGGCGGGGCUGGCCACGACGGGUGCGCGCUGGAUGGGCAGUGCGUGUGCUCCGAGGACAGGCACUGCAGCCCGGUGCAAGGGUACUACUGCAGAGAGGGACGUGUGUAUACUGAGGCCAGGGUAUGCAGAUACUCUGCUUCAUCAUCAUACUUUAAUGUAUGAGAAAUGUGUAACA